UCAAAUAUGGCAAAGAAAGGUGUGGUUAGUGUAGUGUUGACUAUAAUAUGACUAUAAUAUGGCAAACAAUGACAACAUUUGGUGGCCAUUGCUGUUGAAUGUCAGCCAUCAUUGUUUGCUUCGCCAUCAUUGACAACAACACACUUGUAUGCCAUUAAUGGCCGACACAGACGACCAAAUAGUUGAGGUCCAAGAAGUCGAGAUCGAGGCCAUACCCAUACACAUCAAACAUGAAGAUCAUCACAAUCAUCACCAAACAGAUAAUCGUCAAAUGGUUGCUCUCCAACCCGAUGACGACCACUUUGGCCACUGGAAUGAUGACGACGACGACCACAACGAUGUGUCGGUAUUCCCGUCGAGUGCACCCGAAAUACUGAUAGAGACCACUCCAACUAAUACAAAAAAGCGUAGAUCAGCUUCAAACUUGACUUCUGGUACAAAGAGGAGCAACAAAAGGUCGAACCAAAGUGGCGGCGCAUCUCUGUUACAGUCCGCUGGACAACGAUCUGGUGGUUCUUCUAACAGAAAAUGGGAACAAAAACAGGUUCAGAUUAAGACAUUAGAAGGAGAGUUUAGUGUAACGAUGUGGGCCACUGGAACUGAUGAAGAAGAGAUAGUAACAGCAAAUAUGGACGACGACUUGUCUUCGUCAUCUCAUUCACAAUUAAAUAUCAAUGAAUAUGUCACUGGAAUUAAAAAGAUCCCCAGAGAAGGGAUUCCUGGAGUAGAUCUUUCAGAUCCCAAACAGUUGGCAGAGUUUGCAAAAAUGAAACCUAGAAAACAAUCUCUAGAAGAUGAGUCGCGAACUAUUGCAUGUCCUCACAAAGGUUGUUCCAAAAUGUUUAGGGAUAACAGUGCAAUGCGUAAGCAUUUGCAUACUCACGGCCCACGAGUACACGUUUGUGCCGAAUGUGGUAAAGCUUUUGUCGAAUCGAGUAAAUUAAAGAGACAUCAAUUAGUACACACCGGCGAAAAACCAUUUCAGUGCACAUUCGAGGGCUGUGGCAAAAGGUUUUCUUUAGACUUCAAUUUGAGAACACAUGUUCGCAUACAUACAGGUGAUCGACCAUAUGUUUGUCCUUUUGAUGGUUGCUCCAAGAAGUUCGCGCAGUCAACAAAUUUGAAGUCUCAUAUCCUAACGCAUGCAAAAGCAAAAGCUAAUCAACAACAGAGAAUGACAACUAUGGAAAUACCGAUAUCAUCGCCAACGGGGACGCAGUCCAGUAUACCAGAAGUGGGCACCGAGUGCUUCGUCAUUGCCACUGCUGAAGAAGGCAUUGUUUUGUAGAAUCAUUGAUUCAAUAAAUUUAUUACUAUUUAAAUAUAUAUAUAUUAUUAAUAAUAAUAAUGAUAAUUCAAUAUU